UCAGUUUAAGAGAAGGAACUUAAUUUACUCAUUGAUGCCCUCCCUUUUGCUCAGUUUGGGAAAUCAGCAUGCCACUGCUGACAGUGACUUCCAGAGUUUUGUGGGCCAGCUGCUGCAUGUGUCUACAAUAAUAAUAAUGAGGAUGAUGAUAAUAAUGGUAACUAACCUUCACUGCAUUGCCCACUAAAUGUUUUUAAAGAGUGCCAAUCAGAAUAUAGCACAUAUCUUCAGAUGAAGUCUAUAAAGUGCUAAAUAUAGUUAGACUAAUACCUCCUUUCAUUUUGACCUCAUCCAUUUCUUUACAUAGCAGAGGUUCCAUUAGCUUUUUGGACAGUGAUAUACUGUUGAUUUAUGCAGAGUAUGAAGUCCUCCAAAAAUGCUGGUCUCUUAGAGCAGAAAUAGAGAAUAAUGCAUCAAAAGCUCUGAGGCCAGAUCGCCGAGAUUUAAUCCCUGAUUCUGCACAUUUUAGCUAUGAAGUAUCUGGCCAGUUGUUAAAUCUGUGUUGCAGCCAGCUCAACUACAAAAUGGGAAUAAUGAUGUAUAAUAUCAAUGAGGAUUAAAUAUGUGAAUACCCAAUGAGUUACACUCCUUUAUCUUUCCGAUAAACUUAAUUUCUGGGGAGUUCUGCAGCACUCAAUUCUUAGACUUUUCCUGACUACCUUACCCCCUUUGUGAUCUCUCUCUUGGUCUCUUGGCUUUACAUACUACCUAUAUUCUGACAACCUUCAACAUUUGGGUUCUAGCCUAGACCUAUUCCUGCAACUUUAGACUUGCUAGUUACACAUAUGCAUUUCCUUUUCAACAUUUAAUAGAUACUGCAAACCUAAAAUCUCUGGAUCUUUGCCACUAAACUUGCUAUUCCUGGAGUCUUCAUCAUCUUGUCUCUCAACUAAUGGAAGCCCUUCAUACUUAGUUGUUCAGGUUAGAAAUCUUGAAGAGCAUAUAAAUAGUCACAUAUAAUGGCUACCCAAUCAAAACAAACCAGUUCUAGAUAAAGAUCUAGAUUAAGACACAACAUAUCCGUGGAUAUUAACCUGAAGCCGCAAAAUUAAUAAUAAAAACAGAAUCACACACAAAAACAAAAGCACAGAAUUUAGGUGAGCAUCAAAGUACUGACAGGCUUAGCAAUUACUGUCCCUUUUCUGCCACCCACUCUCCCUUUCUUAGUGUUACUAAUAAAGUACAUAGUACGAGUUUUUCUGCUUGCUUUUUAAUAACUGCCAGCGUUUUUUGAACCCUACAUACUAGUUUGAAAGGCAUUUCUCCGUCUCCUGCUACCCCCAACACCCCUCUGAGAAACCAAGUUAUAGAAUAAAUAUACACUGUCUCUUAUCUAUGUCUUGAACACCACUCCCUCGAAACCGGGACUGACAGCUGGCUCUUCCGAGGUCGCGGCCCUCCAAGGACACCUAUCCUCUAGGGCUCUAUGAGGGGGUCAGGGCGUGGAAGGGGCGGUUUUGGAUUGCGUGGAGACAGGGAAGCGCAUGUGUGGGUGUGUUCAGGCGAGGCAAGGAACCGGCCGCCAGCUACGAGGGAAGAAUCUAGAGAAUUCGCAUAUGCACAAGAGGAAGGAACAGGUAUUUUUUGGUGUGUUUUAAUAAGCUUCUACCAAAACUGGACAUUGAGAGGAAUGAACUUCACAUGAGAAUUCCACGGACAGAGAAGCCUGGUGGGCUACAGACCAUGAGAUCACAAAGAGCUGGACAUGACUGAGAAGAAAAUCACCAUGUCUUCUUGCCGAGUGGGGCUCCGUUUGGCUGCCUGUUUGUUAAACAUUUCAGAAGCCAGAAAAAAGUACAUUGUUGAGAACAUUGCGAAAGCUGCUCUUCUUGAAAGAAAUGGACAGAGACAUCCUGAAGUAUCAGUGCUCAAUAUAUUUUCUGAUCCGGAGUAUAAUAGAUCAGUUAUUACAAUAGCAGCUUCUAUUGAGGAGAUAGGCAAUUCCGUUCUGGCUGCCUGCUUGGAAGCCUUCCAGUCUAUCGAUAUGGAGGUUCAGGAGGGGAUCCAUCCUUGCCUGGGAGCAGUGGACCUGAUUCCCAUUUACCCUCUCUCUGGUGUCGGAGUGGAAGAGUGUGGCGCUGUGGCCAGAAGCCUCGCUGAGAAUCUGGUCCUGAGUAUUCCUGGCUGCAGCGUGUUUCUCUUUGGUGAGGCUGACCUGCCCGAGAAGCGUCCCCUUGUCCAAAGAAGGAAGCAGCUGGGCUGGUUCACAAGGAGGGAUUUCAGCGCUCUUAAGCCUGACCUGGGAGCUGCACCUGCCAGAAGAUGUGGUUUGACGGGCAUCGGCGCUAGCCCAUACGUGAUGAACUGCAAUGUUACCAUAGAUUCUCAAGACUUGGCUCUGGGAAAAGAAAUUGCUAGUGCCAUUCGGGGCUCAAAUGUGAAUGGACUGAAGGGCGUCCAAACAAUGGCUUUUCCUCAUGAAGGGAAAAUUGAGAUAGCUUGCAAUGUAGAGAGUUUUGAAGAUCAAGAAGUUACAGAAACCUCUGAAGGCUCUCAAUACAUGGCUUACAGUGUCCUUGGGGACCAUUUUUAUUAUGUAUCUCCUCAUUACAUAGAAGCUCAAGUUAAAAAAUUGGCAAGUGAUCGAGGAAUCGGUACGAUAGGGAGAGCAUUAAUUGGAUUUACACCCCAAGAGUGCAAGAGCUGUGCUGAGUAUGCAAUAAAGGAAAGCAUUGGGGAGUUCUGGAAGAUACGUGGAGGUGUUUUCAUGUGAUCCAAUCGAAGGUUUCAUUGAAAUUGUAAGAAAAAAAUAUCAGCCAUUGCAAACUUUUCUUAUCGGCCUGUGAAGACAAGGAGAAGAUCCAAGAGCUUGGUUCCAGGUGUGAAUUGGAAAACUAGAAGCAUUCUCUGUCCAACGACAGCAACAGGUGUUUAUAGAUUGUAAUUGCUUUAUGAUAUUUCUAUUCAUCAUUGAAACUUUGUGAAAUCUUCCUCUGUAUCAAGUUCAUGCACUUGGGUGUACUAGAAGCCCCCCUGAAUGAGCUGGAUAAAAUGGCCAUCGUUACUGAAUCAUCUUUGAUUAUUAUGAACUCAACUAAAAACAGACUCCAUUUGUUUGGUGUUCCUGAGCUCUUUAUUCCAGAGUCCUGUAUCCAAUGCUCAUUUUUUGAGUCAUCAUUUUUUUUAAUGUGCACUUUUAAAAAUCAAGUACUAAGUAACUAAAAAAUGGGGAGAAUUAUAAACUAAAAUGAUCAAAUAAAAGACUAAUCAUAUUCUUUUAUUCUUUCUUGUCUUGUUUAGGAUGACCUACUAUUCAUUCUGAAGAUAAUUCCAAAAGCCAGACUUGUCUAAUUUUUUUAUGUUUAUGUGGGAAAGUGGAAUGGCGGUGUUGGGCAUGACUUCAAGGGAUUAUAUUUAUCCUUUUUGGAAUUUAAAUGGAAGUCUGAAGGUUUAGGGAAUUUAUUACUCUUGAGUGAAGUGAAGGUAUUGGUGGAAGAAUUUUGUUUGAAAGAAAUCAAAAUAUGUUGCCUCUUUGUGAACUAAAAGAAGCCACUUGCUAAUUCUGGCAAUUUUAUGUAAAUCCUUAGUGCUUAUGUUUUUCAGUACAAGGCGUUUUUCUGUCCAUAAAACACAAAGAAAUAAAUUUUUCCAUAGAUUUUGUCUAGCAAAUAAAUUGUGGUUUUGGCUAAUAAGAGCACGUAAUGUGAAUUUAAGUAAUUAAAAAUAAAAGAGGUUGAACUCAGUCUUUUUAUAGGAUCCAGGGCAUGCAUGGACUCUCA